AUGAGCAAGGUUUCUCACGGUCGCGGCGGUGCCGCCAACAUUGCGCCGGACGAUACUCCUUAUGUCGACGGAGCGAUUGUGCGUGAAGGACUGGUGGGCAAUCAAGGCGACGGGCCUUACUCUGCAGGCCGAGGGGGCGCUGGGAACAUUGAUACCGCUGGAGAACCCACGACUGCACCUCAUGACUCGGAGAUCAUCCCCGAGACUGCCACGCGGGUCGCCAAGGAAGAGUCUCACCAUGUUGGACGAGGUGGCGCUGGAAACGAAGCCCAUGUGCACGACAAGAAACAUGAAGGGCUGGCGGACAAGCUCAAGCAUUUCUUCAUCAAAAGAAAGUCAUGA